UGCAACGUCAGCUAAGGACUGGUUGUGAAGGACUCCUCAGUAGGUGUUCACAAGUGCGUUUCACUUUCAAAAUGGAGCGACAAUAGACAACUAGUUGCGAUAAUUCCAGCGGAACAUUCCAUAGAUUCAUUUGAAAUCCUUAUCAAAUCUUAGAAUUCAGGAUGGGAGCUGGAAAGAGCAAGGAUCAAGAUUCACUGGAGACGGAAAAACUUCUUGGAGAUCAAAGCUAUACAAGUUCUAGAAGAUCAUCAAUAUCAGAAUUAUCAAACCCAAAUGAAAGGGUCAUCAGACAACCUAUACAAUAUCAUUCAAUAAACAAUGGUGGAUCAGAAAGUUACGAUUCACAAACAAGAGCUUCAGUACAUAGAUAUAGGUAUUAUAACAGACUAGCACCUCAUAGUAACAGUAUACUGCAUAUGCCAAACCAUGUUGUUCCAGCAAAUUAUUUAAUCCGAAUAUUUUCUCCUGUUGCUGGUAAACAGAGCAGUAUUAUCACAAUAUUUUCACUAUGGAACACUAUGAUGGGAACAUCUUUAUUAAGUAUGCCAUGGGCCAUCAAACAGGCAGGUUUUAUUACUGGGAUAGGGUUAUUAAUAUUUGUUGCUGGUCUAAUGUUAUAUACAAGUUAUAGAAUACUUAGAGCUGUAGAGGUGCUAAGAGCAGAAAAUGUUGAUGUAUUAGAAUUUUCCGAUGUUUGUAAAUUUUAUUUUGGUAAAGUAGGGGAGAUUACUGCUCUAGUCUGUUCACUCAUGUCUCUAAUUGGUGGAAUGAUAGUCUACUGGAUUUUAAUGUCCAAUUUUAUUUAUCAUGUUGUUUCGUUUAUUUAUUAUCAUGCUGAUGGGUCGUUUAAUUCAUCAACUAUAGAGAACAAAUCAGCUUAUUCUGAUGCUAUGUGUCCAAAAGCCAACCCAUUACCAGACAAUAACACAAACACAUACCCUGAUUUACUGUCAGUAUUGGGUAAUUUUCCUAUAGCCAAUCCAGUAUUUGAAGAAGUAUGGAGUGAAACUAAGACUGUACCUUUCUUUCUACUCCUAGUCUUAGCUCCUAUUAUCAAUUUUAAAUCACCAACUUUUUUCACUAAAUUUAAUGCUCUUGGAACAUGCUCUGUUGCCUAUUUGUUUGUGUUUGCUGCAGUAAAAGCUGCUAAAUGGGGAAUUCAUAUUGAUUUUAGUUCAGCUGAUCAACAUCUUCCUGAUUAUACUUCAAAUUUUGGAUGGACGUUUCCAGCUUUAACUGGUAUUGCAUCAUUGGCAUAUUUUAUACACAAUGCUGUACUGUCCAUAACAGCUAAUGAAAGAAAUCCCAAAAAUAGUGCAAGAGAUUUAACUAUAGCUUAUGUUUUAGUGGCUAUAACCUAUAUUUAUAUGGGGGCUGUAUUUUAUUCCUCAUUUCCACUGAAUAAAUCAUGUAUUGAAGACAAUUUAUUAAACAAUAUAGAAACAAAUGAUGUUAUGGCGUUUGUAGCUAGAAUUGGUUUAUUUUUUCAAAUGGUAUGUGUCUUUCCAUUAUUGGUGUUUAUUUUACGAGUACAGUUCAUGCAUUCUGUAUUUGGUUCAGUGUGGCCAAGUAUAAAACAUGUAUUGAUAUUAAAUGUUAUUUUGUUGGGUAUUUGUGUAGUUUUUGCUAUUUUUCUUCCACAUAUUGGACGUAUCAUUGGGUUUGUUGGUGCGUUUUGUGGCUUUUCCUAUGCUAUUUGUCUCCCUUGUAUGGUGUAUAUAAAAUCAUGUUAUUUGAAUCAUGGAGGCCUGACAUUAUCAUGGCCUAAAGUAGUGUUCCAUGGUUUUCUAAUAUUCCUUGGUAUAAUCAACUUCAUUGCACAGUUUGUAAUAAUUGGACACACCCAAUAA